UCUAUACGCGCUCGUAUUUUUGUUCCUGUGUCAAAAAAAAACGGCUAACUUGCUAACUACGGGGCAUUUUAGCCGUUAGAAGUUAACACGCUAACGUUGUAAGAGACGCAGGAAUUUCUUUUAUUUUAGCCGUGCCAGCUAUUUUGCAAGAGUCUUGGGGCAAACCGGUCGAACAAAGUUAAGAAAUUGCCAAGGCCCGAAGCUAUCUAGGUUAAAGUUUGCUAGUUAGCUAACGCUAGCUGUCUAUAUAUUUUUUUCUAAUUUAGAUACGCGAGCAGGCUGACGUCAGGUUCUGGUUCGGCUAGCUAGCUGACAGGAUAGUUUUUAACAGAAGUUCAUUAGUGUUGGGCCUUAAUAUACGGACUGUCAAACACUUUAAAAUUCCGGUUUGAUCUUAUUGAAGUUAUGUUUGAUCCUGCCGAGGUCCCAUAGUGAUACGGCUAGCUACGUUGCAGUUUUCAUCAACAUAAAGCUAACGUUACCGAGCUAGCUUGCUAGCUUAGGUUAGCUAGCUACGUACCCGCAUCUAAUUUUCCGCGCGGCGAGCCUCGGAUCAAGCCCUGUUCGCACUACUCUCAGCGCUUUGCUGUUUUACCGGUCGAAAUGAACUCAAAUGUAGAGAACCUGCCCCCUCAAGUUUUGAGACUAGUAUACAAAGAAGUCUCUGCACUGGCAGCAGAUCCACCAGAGGGAAUUAAAAUCUACCCAAGUGAAGAAGAUAUCACAGAGCUUCAUACAGCUAUUGAGGGUCCAGAAGGGACCCCAUAUGCAGGGGGAGUGUUCAGGAUGCGCUUAGUCUUGGGGAAAGAUUUUCCUGCUGUACCACCCAGGGGCUAUUUUCUGACCAAGAUUUUCCAUCCGAAUGUUGGACACAAGGGUGAGAUCUGUGUCAAUGUACUGAAGAGAGACUGGAAGGCAGAGCUAGGCCUCAGGCAUGUUUUAUUGACCAUUAAGUGCUUACUGAUCCAUCCCAAUCCUGAAUCUGCUUUGAAUGAAGAGGCUGGGAGGUUACUGUUGGAAGACUAUGCAGAAUAUGCUUCUCGGGCUCAUCUCCUAACUGAGAUCCAUGCUAUGGGUGGGAGCUCUGGAGCCCUUCAGGAGCCUGGUGAUGGACCCCAGCCCAAGAAACAUGCAGGAGAUCCAAGCAAACGUGCAAUUGCAGCUGGCGCUGCAACAAUUGCUGGGGCCACUGGGUCAAAUAGUAGCACUACCAGUGGCACAAGCAGUAGUAAUAGUACUGUAGCAGCAAAAAAGAAAACUGAUAAGAAAAGAGCUUUGAGGCGGCUAUAACAAUAAAUCUCUUCCUUUUUGUUUAAUUUUUUGUUAGUCUUUUUGUCAAUAUAAAUAUUACAUUGAGCAGACCAUAUUUUUCCCCCUUUUCAUGUUUUUCUGCCCUAACACAUUUUUUGAGCUGUUCCCUAUGAAACACUACUCAGGAUUCAUGUUGAUUGGCAAUGUAUUUCACUCAUAGAAGGAGAAAAUAGUUGGGUUUUUUUCUGGGAGGAGAAAAAGGAAAAGAAAUCAAGUGUAAUUUGAGUAUCUGAGUUUUAACUUGAAAGUACCCUUUACAUCCAUGGCAAUAUUGUUUCCCCUUACCCUCUUUAACUUCAUGAAGGAAGUGACAACUUUCCAUUUUCUUUAAUCUCCUGGUGAGAUUUUAAAAUUUGUAUGAUAUUCAAGUCCUGCUAACAAUACAGUAGGGUUAAAUCUAGGAAAGUUCUCAAAUGCAUCCAGAUCUGCAAUCAUUCCUUUUUUUCAUCCAUUUAGCCAAAUGGUCAAAAAAUAUAGCUCAAUUGGUCAAAAAUUUGGCAAAAUGGUCAACCACUCUUGGAUUGCUGAGGGUGUGUAUUACAUAUUUGGGGUACUUCUGCUUCUUAACAGGGUUAUCCUAUUUUUAUCAAACUUGACUGAGAUAUGUCAUUGUAAUAGGACUAAACAUUGGGUGGUGUUUUAGGGUUUAUAGUAUUUCUUUGAACAUGUGAUCAAACAUUUUUAAAACAUUCGUUUCAGAAAACCUUUCAGGUGUUCCACAGACAUUCGCAGGGUGAGUAAUGUUUAUGGAUAAUGAAGUCGCCUAUGGAGUUCUGCCUCGGGACGUUCAGUCCAGGUCCCUUGCAGGCUUGUCAGCUGAGUGACCGUUAUUUUUAUGUGAGAUUUAUUCAACGAGUAAGGUAAUUCCAGGCUGCAUGAAUAGUAAUGUGUGUUAUAUAAAAUGGAGCUGAAUUGUAAAAGCUGCAGAUGCUGUGAAAUAUGGAGUCAGUUUCAAAGGGAAUUGUUGCAGUUUCCAGGCAAUACUACAGGCAUAUUUGGUGUGUGAGUGUGAGCGCGCUCGCGUGUGUGCAGAUCGAUGUAGUAAAAAUGUAAAGAUUAGCGAAAAAGGAAGGGGUUAAAAUGUGGUCUAAAUAUAACUUUACAAUGUCUGUUGAUGUGUUUUUGUGUGUUCUCUUUUGUGAUUGAAUAAACUUUUAUAUUUUU